AUGGCGCCAAAUGCAAGUAAAAAAUGGACUCUGCAGGAGCUGCGAUAAAAGCUACACUCAUACUGCCACAUAUUUUCCACAUAUAAAACGAGUCCCCCGUCUUUAUUUCGCUUUUUAGCUGCUUUGUAAGAGCGCGAAAGUUAAAGUUAGCAUACAUGUUUUUGUGUUAACGUAUAAUUUUACCGGCGCCCUUUUUCGAACAGAAGUAUCACUGAAGACUGACCUCUUGGACGCUUCGCUAGAAAACUCACAUUUUCUUGGAUUUUACGAGGGUCGUUGUCUCUCUUGAAGGAUGUGGAACAACGUUGAACUUUUAAUAAAUGAGGAUACAAACACGGUCCGUCUGUCCAGUGACUCGGAGCACGGCAGCGCCCUGUAUCAAGUGGACACUCUUGUGAGAAUUUCACCUUCUGAAAAGGUACCAUCUAACCCCAGGAUCUACGCAUCAAAUAACCAGAACUGCUGCCUUGUUGUUGCAGAUGCCACUGUGGUCCUAUUUGACCCUAGUUUCCAAACUGUACUUGCUCAUCUGUAUUUUGAUACUUCAGUGGAUGCUGUGAGUGUUUGCCCUCAGGGACAUUUUUUGUUCGUCGCAGAGAGGAAUGGCAACCUUCACAUAAUAUAUGUGCCACUGAAGAAGACCAUUUUGACCAAAGCUCUGCAGCAGCAGCACUCAUCAAAUGGACAUGAGACAACCUACAAGAGCUUAAUCCUGCAUGAAGCACUACACUCUCCAGGACUGUACCAUCUCUUUGUUAUUGUGUGUGAUGGAUUCUUGCAUGUAUCUAAUCUUGCUUUGGAGAAGACCCAGAAAGCUAUUGAAAACAUGGACCUAGGUGCCUUAAAUGAGAUCCAAGGCCAAAUUUGUCUGGACUUCUGCUCCACUAAAGAGAUCUGCAGAGACGGCUGCAUCUCAGCAACACUGGCCUGCUUUGGCAACGAAGUCCACCUUAUGAUUGGAGCUAACGGUGAAAAUAUUGUUUCCCAUUGGUGCAUGGGCCCUGAUGAGAGGAAAAUGUCUCUUGUCAAUGUUCUGGAUUCAACCUUAAUGCCUGGUGUAAAAAAGAUUCAGGUGGUGGACAAUUUGAUGUAUAUGUUGAAUAAAGAGGGCACGCUGAGUCUGUGGGACAGCCAUUCACUUGUCAUGUUGUGCUGUUGGCCUGAUCUAUAUAUUCUUGAUUUUAUGCUUCUUUCAGAAGGGGACUCAGCAUCCAUUGGAAUACAAGAGGGCACCAGCAUGAAGAUCAUGAACUUGACUUCAGUUGAGGGAAAGCCUCAUCUUCAGAAACUCUUGGUUCAGUCCCUUCCCACUAUGGAUGUUCUCUACUGUCUCGAGGUGUCCGCAGUGUCAUCAUUGGUACAGAAAACCAUUAGCAUGGAUGUCAUCUAUUUGUUGGAGGGCAUUACUGAUAAUUCCAAGAGCAGUCCUGAGGAAUCGACCUUUGAUUUAGUCCUGAGAUGCUUAACAGAGGCUUUGCCAGAGAACAGGUUAAACAGGCUUCUGUACAAACACAAGUUUGAAGAAGCAGAGAAGUUUGCACUAGCCUUUGAGCUUGAUGUUGAGCUGGUGUAUAAAGUGAAGUUGGACUUUGUGCUGGAGAAGCUAGCCUCAGUGGCAAUCAAAGCACAAGACCAGGAUGUGUGGGCUGGCCUUGUUGAGGAGGCCAAGAUAAACCUGAUGAAAAUUAUGGAUGAGCAGUAUGUGGUCCAAUACUGCCUCAAUGCUUUCUGGCCUACACUUAGUACAGCGGAAGAGAUGUUGAACUAUGCUGCAAACCGCUUUCCGUCAUCGCAAAUUCAAUCAGCUCUGGCUAAACUAGCCACCUUUUGCAACCUUUAUGGUUCAGACAACUUCAAUGGUGUUUCCUGGAUCGAGUUCCUGAACAGUACAGAUUACCUAAAAAUUAUACUCCGAUUUCUGCGGGAGGGAAAUCUCAGCAGGGCACAAUACCUGUGGCUUCGACAUGAGUGUGAGUUUGCUAGUAAAUUUGAUGAGAGAUCAUUGAAUGCUCUGUUGAACUCCAUCUCGCCAGACAUCCCCUCGCAGGACCUCAGCAUCUGGUUGAAGGGUGUGGUGGUGCCCUUCAUGUGGAAGGUCUUGCCGAAAGGACAGAGAAUCCUGGCCAAAUGGUUGGAGGUGCGUGCAAGAGAUCUUGAACUAACAGAAAAGAAUUGCUGGCCUCAAAAUGGACUGGUGCUUGCUGAGCUUGGUCUGCCGUCCUUUUGGAUGUCCAUUAAUCUGACUGAAGACUAUAGAACAGAGGAAGUGGAGCAUCUUAAGGUGCUGGUAACCAAUUUACGACAACUGUGUGACCUCUACGCUAAAUACAACUGCCGGCUCUCGCUCUCUGACUUUGAGAUGGGAAGUACACGCAGUAUGGCGUUUCUAAUGCUGGAUAAAGUGCUCGCUCCAGAACUGAUUCCUGGAGUAAUUGAGAGCAGUGUUAGACCUUACGCUCUUGAGCACAGACUUGACCUUGAUCAAAUUCUGUUGGACUACAUCAAGGACUUGCUGGAUUGCUGCAGUUCUCAGAUCACUUCUUUGUUUACCGAGUGGGAGGCUAAAGCAGUUGCUGUGCUUCACUGCAUGACCGACACUAAUCUGGUGAUGGAUGCUCUGCUUGAGUUAAUGUACAAGGCGGUGGUUCCCUGGAGUGACACUAUUGAGAAACUAGUUCAGCAGCAUCUAGAAAAGGAGCACCCCAAACAGGAACUUUUAAAAGAGAGCUAUCGUUUGAUGGAGAUGAAAAAACUUCUGCGAUGUUAUGGGAUUCGUAACUUAACACUCUCUAACUCGAGAGAGACCAUGAUGCUAGUGAGACACAUUCUAAAGCAGGACUUGCCCACCUCUCUGGAGGACUCUCUGAAGCUGGCUGAAGCCUAUAAGCUCAGCUCAUCACACAUCUACUAUAUCCACUGCAUUCAGCUUUUGGAGCAUAACAAGAGAGAGAAGUGUAUAGCACAGCUGAAAAAGUUGCCACCUGCCGAAACAGAACUUGUAAUUGAGCGGCUCACCAGUUGGGCAAGACUUCAACUGCAAAUUAAGGAACACAUUUGUGAGGAGCUUAAAAAACUGCGGAUGCAAGUUGCCCAGAUGCUGGUGGAAGCACUGAAGUACCUGCAGAGCAUUCAAAAGGAUGAUGCCUUAAAGAGGAUGGAGUGCGAGAACAAUUUGAAAAUGUUCACAGCCAUUGCUCACUUGCAGGAGGACUUUGACAUCAUCUUGACCCCUGAGGAAUAUGAUGACCCAGCAGUGAGACAACAGUUCAACCAACAGCUCAUCACUGCAUAUGAGAACACAAGAGCUUGGAGGCACUCAGGGAAAAAGCACCCUGACAAAGUUAAUAUCAUUAAACCAGACAGCAAAGCCAAAGCAGCAGUGGCAAAUGACCCAGAUGGUAAAACCAAGACCCUGUCCACUGAGGCUGGACUGCACCGACUGGCCAGACAUCUUCAGCGGACUGAGCAGGAGCUGUGGGCAGACCUGGCAGUCAGAGCUUUAGACGCUGGUAAUGUGGAGAAGGCCCUUAAAAUCCUCAGUGAGCUCUACCAGCAUCAUCCCAACUCCAGCACAGGCAGAGUUCUCUUUAGCACGGCUCAGCGCCUCUGCCAGAUGCUGGAGGAUAACGUCCCGAUGGUGUUGCCUGAAAGAGUUAACCUUCCGGCGCUCAUUCACAAGCUUGCCUGUCAGGCCGUCACUAUCUGCCACACAGAUCUGCUGCUGGACUGUGUGGAACUGUGUAAGGGCACGCGAGGAGCCGCUGAUGUGUACCGCCAGUGUCAGAUUGAUGACUGUGGCUUUGUUGCAAAGGAUGCUGUACUGAAUGGUGAGGAUGAUUCCUACGCUGAGUCCACUGUUCAGGAUGUCUUUAAUGAGGAUGGAAUAGUACUGGAUCCAGUCUCUGUGCUUCCAGUGCAGUAUAAGAUUACCACCAGUCUUCUGCCACUCUCAGAAUCAACUUUUCAUUCCCUGGGUUGCUCUUGCUUGUCAUAUUGUGCUCUCCAGGAAGGGACUGAUUUUGUUCGUCCUCUGCUGGGCCCCAUGGCCACUAUGCUUCAGAGUUUGCAGGAGUGCAGUCAACUAGAGCUGGCCUUUAGGCUCUUGCUAGAGUCUUAUGGCAGCAUUUUACAGCACUUUGUCUCCAACAACAUGGACCUCGCUUUGAGCAUGAAGCUUCAUGGUAACAGUCGUUUAGUCAGAGACAAACAGACUCUUGAUGCAAUAGAGAAGACGGCUCUGUCUUCUAUCAAAGUGGUUGUAGUGUCCUUGUUGCAUAAGGUUUUAAACUGGAGGGUGGUUGACUGUGAUUUGGCCAUUGGACUUUGCACUAUCUUGUGUAAAUCUGAGGUGCUUAAUGCUCUGUGGAAGAUAAUUACCAGUGCUUGGCAAAACUACUCCAAGAUCAUGGCUGUUGCUAUGGUUGGUGCCCAUUUCAGCUCACUGUAUGAUGACGAAGAAGAGAAGCAAAAGUUCUUGUCAGUUAUCACAGAUGCAGAAUGGGGAAUUAAACUUGGAAAACUUGGGGUUUCCAUUCAGCCUGUAUUUAGACAGUGCUCUGAGACUAAGAGGAAUCUGAUUCCUAUCCUUGUGAAGAACAGAAAAAUCACAGCUGAGAUAUUACAGGAAUACUGCAAUACAUAUGGGCUGGACAGUGACUCUGCAGUCAGUCUGUUCAUCACCACCCUGCUACUGCAGGAGGAAGGAGAGUAUAAGCGUGGUGAGCUGGAAGGUGGUGACCCUGUAUUGGCACCAGGGGAUGAGGACGCACCACUGGGACAUGAGGACAUAUUGGAACGUGCUUUAAGGAUUGUUCCUCAGCUGAGCUCCACCAGAGACCUAGUCAUCAGUCUACACACAGCACUGAGCAAGCUGAAUCCAUACAACUAUGAGAGGAUUGAGAGAGUGCUGAAAACCAUUCAGACUGCUGACGAAAGCACCACUGUUUUACCCCUCAGUCAGAUGAUGGGAUUGGUUCAGCACCUGAAGUCCCACAUACGUAUUUCUCCGCCAACUGACCUGGAGAACACUUAUCUCUUGGAGAACUCUCUGGAAGGCACACCUCUUGCCAACACUCGCUUGCCAUUUCAUCUUCUUCUUCAGACAAAUCAUUACUUCUGGAAGAUUAUCUCUCCUGAAAUGAAUGAAGAGACCUUGCCCACACUACUCCUCAUAUCCAAACUCAUGAAGGUCAGCCUGGAUAAGCUGUACGCCUUGGCAGUGAAUCAUGUUGUUAAGCAUGAUCUGAUGCCCUUACUGCUGGAUCAGGCUAAACGCACACAGGCUCACAGCUCCAAGAGAGACACUGCUACUGUAAUGCAGAAUAUAUUUAAAUAUGCCCUCUGCAUUCAAAACCUGGAACUGGCUGCAGCUACUAUCCACAAAAUCGCCCAGGAUUUGCCACUAGGUGCAGAGAAAACCAUGCUUUUGAAAUUUAGCCUGGAACUUGUGCAGAAAUUGCUCAAGUCUGAUACACUAGAGGAGGGGUUACGGACACGGGGGGAGAUGCUCACCUCUAAACUGCAGUCGCAGUACCAGCGUUCAGCCACAGAGAAUGCCCUCAUGUCUUUCCAGCUAGACUGCCCUGAGCUUCUCAAGCUCACAGGACUUCCUGGUCGCCUCAUUGUUGCUCUGUUUGAGCAUAGCUCAGUGGUGGAGAGCAUGAAAAGCCCUGCUGGACAGAUUUACCCUGAUAUUCACACAGUGGCUAAAGAGAUUGCAUCCAUCAAUGGUGUUGACCUCCUGAAGAUCAGAAAUAUUCUCUUGGAGAAGUGGCUUUGUAAAACUGAGCAGUCAAAUGGCAAGGAUGUACAGCCCCAGGACCAUGUCACUGAUAUAACUGAUGACCCUGAUCUCAUGAGAGUGGUGUACUUACUGCAAAUGCAUCCUAUGGAUAUAAGUGCCCGUUUGCUCAGUCCCAUCCUGACUGCAGAGACAUGGCCGCUGGGUGGAUCAGGUCUCAGACUGACCUUUGAGCAUCGCAGUCGUGUCUUGUUGUGUCUCAUUCGUAUUGCAGACUCAGCAACACUAGAGGCUCUGUCCCACACACCUAAGGAUAAAGUCAAGUACUACCUGAAGUGCUAUGUGUACCUCUCUCAACUAGAGACUCUCAACAUUCCAUAUAACCUGGAAAUGUUUCUCAUCAGCCCUAAAGAGGGCAUGAUUAAAGGUUUAUGGAAGAACCACAGCAAUGAGCCUCAGGCUGUGCGUCUAGUGGCAGAUCUCUGUUUGGAGUAUGAGGUGUUUGAUCUGCAGUUAUGGAGUGGCAUCCUGCAGAAGCUUCUGGUGUUUAAUAUGACAAGCUACCUGCAGAACAUUCUGGAAACUCUCAGAGCAGUGCCCAGUCUUUUAGAGGUACCGAGCUUCUUCAGAACCUGGCGCAGUGUGAUCCUUGCUCCCUUCAUGACAGCCUCUCUUCCUCUCAGCCCCCAUCAACAGACUACUUUCUACAAGACAUUUGUACUUCUACUGAAAUGCCCAUUUCUGUUGAAUCUCGACCUGAUUGGCAUUGCCAAGCGUUUUGCCCAGUUCAGCCUGAUGGCCUACUCUCUUGGGACCCUCUUACUUAUCCCCUGUUCCAAAAAGAGGGAGAAGCAAAUCCAGAGCUUCCUUUUGUCCUGUAACCCUGCGGUCAUUUUGGAUCAGCUGGAGGAGAGUAUGAACACGGGAGAGCUGGCUGGCAUUCCAUCUCAGAUCAGAGAUGCAGUGUUGACGUUCCUCUUCCAAAGUGGCCACUACCAGACACUGAUGAAGACCGAACACUUUCAGGCCCUCAUGAAGCAUUUUGUCUUAAAGGGUCUUUCUGAGCAAGUUAAUGAGCUGGUUAAGUACCUUGUGAACCACAACAGGAAAGAAGAGGCAGUUGCUCUUGCUCAGGAAUAUCUGAGAUGUAAAGAGCUGAAAGGAGGGACAAAAACUUCAGCAAAGGCUGCUUGUUCUGACCCCAUCAAGGAGUUCUUGGCACAAACAAUGGAAUCGAGAGGCUGACUCCAACACCAACAGAAAAGAUAAAAACCUGUUUAUUGCAUUUUUUCUAUAUCUGCUAAUAAAUGUAUUUUAUACUGCU